AUGGCAUUUGUUGAUGGAUUAGAAAAGCCACCUGAAACUGACAGAUGUUACAGUGCUUCGGAGAGAUGUAACAAUGUUAUAAUCUCAUACAUUUUGAGGUCUCUUGACACUAGUAUAGCAAGAAGUGUAAUAUAUUGUACUACUGCAAGAGAGAUUUGGCAAGAUUUAGAAGAAAGAUUCUCUCAAAGUUCAGGUCCUCAACUGUAUUCUUUACAACAAAAUCUUCAUGAUCUCACUCAAGAUCCAUCUGAUUCAAUUGCUGAAUUCUUCACUCAGAUUAAGAAUAUUUGGGAUGAAUUAAGUGUUGCAAAUCCUAUUCCCAUUUGUAGAUGUACUGGUUGCACAUGUGGAAUCACCAGGAAGAUUUUAAAACAACAACAAGAAGAGAGGCUGAUACAACUAUUGAUGAUGAAAAUUGAUAACAAAUACAACAAUGUUAGAAGUAAUCUUUUAAUGAUGCAACCACUUCCAAACGUUCAACUGGCUUACAUGCUACUUAGUCAAGAAGAGAAACAGAGACAAGCUAGUGCAUUAACCUCUGAGAGCAUGGGACAUAUGGCUUUCACAACAUAUGAUCAGAGAGAAAGAAAUCAAGCCUAA